CGAAAAAUUAUUCCAGCCACACAAAGCUUUUUUGCUUAAUUGCGACAGUGCAUAAUUUUUUGAGAAUAUAAUUUUGGAAUUUAAAUCAUAAAAAAUUGGUAGUGUAGUGUACUAUUUUUCUACAGAAAUCAUCUUCUGAACUGCAACCAGAUGGAACGGGCUCCAGCAAUAGGAAUUGAUUUGGGUACCACCUUUUCUGCUGCUGCCGUUUAUCGGAAUGGAGCAUGCGAAAUCAUUCCAAACAAAGAAGGCGAUAGGCUAACCCCAUCUUUCAUUUACUUUCAUCCAGAGAGCUCGGAAGUUUCCGUAGGUACUUCGGCAAAUGACUUGGGGCCUCAGAAAAUCGACAAUUUUCUUUUCGAUAUCAAGCGAAUAAUCGGUCGAAAAUUUGAUGACGUUUACGUACAAAAGCUGAUGAAAUCUUCUGAAUAUCGUUAUAAACUUAUACGAGGCAAUGACGAUAAAAUUGAAGUUGAACUUUGUCACAAUAGACUCACUGUUUGUAAAACUCCUGAACAAAUUAGUUCAGAAAUAUUGAAAUAUUUGAAAGAAUCGGCCAGUGAAUAUCUGGGUGCAAAAGUUACCGAAGCAGUAAUUUCUGUGCCAGCGCAUUUCAGUAAUGCUCAAAGAAAGGCAACCAAAGCAGCUGCAGAAUUGGCAGGUUUGAAAGUACUUAAAUUAAUAACUGAACCAGUCGCAGCAGCAAUUCACUAUUCCAAAGGUCGUCUCAAUCGCAUAUCUACGCUGCUCGUUUUCGAUUUUGGUGGUGGUACUUUGGAUGUGUCCAUUAUCGAGGUGGACAAUGAAAAAUUUUCCGUAAAAAGCGUUGAAGGUGAUACUUUUCUUGGAGGUCGAGAUUUUGAUCAAAAUCUAUUAGAGCAUUUCAAGACUAAAAUCAUCAAACAGUUUGGUGAAGGUGCUUUUAAUGACAGACUAGAGCGCAGAGUGAAAGAUGCAUGCAUUCGCUUGAAAACGAAACUUUCCACAGCUCAGAAUUACUCUAUCCCGAUUUAUUGCAUCAGUGGAAAUGAAAACCAAAGUUUCACAAUAUCAUUGACUCGACCGGACUUUGAACUACUGUCAAAAGAUUUGUUUGCUCGAGCUGGAAUUUUAGUAAAUAAAUGUCUGAAAGAAGCAGGAAUGACAAAAGCCAAUAUCACAGAUGUAGUUCUUGUAGGUGGUACCACGCGAAUGCCCAAAGUUCGACAGAUUUUAACGUCAUAUUUCAGUGAUAGGGAGAUUCGCAUUGAUUUAAAUCCUGAUGAAGCUGUGGCACUUGGGGCAAGCGUUCAAGCAGCAUUUUUAAAGGAGAAAUGCAAAGAAUUGGAAAAGUUUAAAGUAACCGAAAUCACACCACUGUCUUUAGGAAUGGGAUUGAAUAGAAAUUUAAUGAAUGUGGCCAUAUCGAAAAAUACUCCACUACCGACGAAAUCAAAAGACCUCAUUACAAGCACAAUGGUCAAUAAUCAAAAAACUGCCACCAUUCAAAUAUAUGAAGGCGAAAGAAAAAAUUGCGAAUAUAAUAAUCUUUUGGGUACAUUCACUAUACACGAUUUACCUCUCGGUAAAUCAGGUGAUGUAAAAAUUACAACAACAUUUACUUUAAAUGAAGAUGGAAUUUUAGAAGUCGAUGCUCACGAAAAUUCCACUGGUAAAAAGAAUAAGUUGGUGGUUACUAUAGGUGAAUAUCGACUUUGCGAUUAUAAAAUAAGACAUACAGUUGAAGAUGCUGAAAAGAACAAAGCAGAUGAUGAAGUUUUCGAAAAGUUCACUCGUUAUUUCUACAGAGUCGAAGAAAUUUGCAAUCAUGUUCUUUAUAAUUUAAAUAAAAUAGCGUCUCAAAAAGAUCGUAAUUUUGUUGAGUCCAAAUGCGAAAUGUUUUCGAUUAUGAUAAAAAUACUUAAUUAUAAGGAAAUAGAUAGGUUGAAAAAUGCUUUUAACUCGUUUAAAAAAUCGGUACAUGAUAUCGUUAAGGAUCUAAUGGAUGUGGAUUUUUUUGUAGAGAUUCAAGAAAGCGAAUCUUCAUUUUUAUCAAAAUUAGUUUCAAAUUUAAAAAUGUGAAAUAAGAAUACGAAAGCAAUAUUAAGUAUGUAGUUACUUAUUAUUCUACAUAUAAAACAUGUUUAUUGUUUUCAAUUUAAUUCAUUUUAAUUUUAAGAUUCGAUACAAUAUAGUUUACAAAGAGGUUUGAAUAGAUGUUCUGCUGCAUUUUUUUGAUAUAAAUUAAUUUGUAGGUAUAUUUUUUAUUAUUUGUUUAUAUUUUAUUUUACUUUAAGUAAAUAAACUUCACUUGCUCAA